CAGUAAAGCUCGAGUAUUCUCCAAGACGAUUCAAAAUCAAAUCAAACUCAUCUGAAGGGUGAAAUUCUUCGAAUCCCUGAUAUCAAUCAACCUAACAAAGACUAAAAAGACAAGACCAAACCAUGGCAACCGAUCAGCAUCCACUCAACCCAGCGCUCGCGGAUUGGCUGAAUGGCCGCCAAGCCUCGCUCAAAAUCGUGAAAACCACUAUCACACCCAGUGGUCAGACAAUUGACUGGGUACCCAUCGAAACCCAGCAUCCCUUGGGCAAGAUCGCAACUGCCCCGCCUGCCGAGCUGGCGCGCGCGGGUCCUGCGGGCCGUGCCCUGGCUCCGGAACACAUCGCCCCCAAGCCCGCAUCCUUUGAACUGGAUGAUCCCCAGAUCGAGCGCGGCCCCGCGGGCACCGUUCCCAUCCCCCGCCCGGAUGUCGCCUGGCAGUCGCAAUUCGCUGCGGGCAAGGACAUCAAAGAUCUCCACGUCAAACGCGGCGGGUCGAAGGUGAACCAAGCUCGCCCCAAUAGCGGGCCGACCGACCCGGACCCAUCCGGAUACUUCCACGACAUCGACAACCAGACCGGCACGUUCUACGGCUGGGACGGCUUAGUGAGCGUGUGGGAUCCGGCCAUCAACAUCCCGGCCGGCGGCAAUGGCAGCGACCACUCGAUCAUGCAGGCUUGGCUGCAGAACUACAGCACUGGAGUGACCCAGUCGCUCGAAGGCGGCUGGACCGUCGACCAGAGCCUGAACGGCGACACCCAACCCCAUGUCUUCACCUACUACACCACCAACGGCUACAAGCAGGAUGGCGACAACGAAGGCGGCUACAACCGCCUGCACAAAGGCUGGGUCCAGGUCGACAAAAACCUCUUCCCCGGGGUCCGCAUCAACAGCACCAGCACCGUCGGCGGCCCGCAAUACGAAAUUUCCAUGAAGUUCCAGCUCUACCAGGAGCCGAACUCCAGUAACUUCAAUUGGUGGGUCGCUGUCCAGGGCAUCUGGAUGGGCUAUUAUCCGGCCACGCUCUGGAAGGGCGGCCUGGAGUUCAGCGUGGGUUGGGUCGGAUGCGGCGGCGAGGUCUACUCCAGCCUUGCCAAUCCGGAACUGACCCAGGAUCAGAUGGGCAGCGGUUAUCAGGCCGCCGGCGGAUGGCAAAAGGCCGCGUACCUACGCAACCUGCGCCUCCAGACCGACAUAAAUGGCGGCAUGACCGAAAACAAUGGCUAUGCCUCCGCCGAUGCAGCAGUCUCCGGCGGCCCCGAUCCGUACACCAUCGCCCUUGAUAUGGAGAGCGGCUCCUCCUGGGACAGCUACCUCUUCGUUGGCGGCCCACGCCCAGCUUAGAUCUCCCGACUGGCGGCGAUAACCUGCGCCAAGACAGCUCAGCAACAGAAGAGCAGGGGAGCACGUGAUGGCAAAUUUACUCGUCCAUAAGUAUAUGACGGGGCUAUCGGCCUCCUUGGCUUAAAAUAAUCAAUCAAUCUUUUGUCACAAUUCAUUAUGGUGCCUCCAAAUUGAAACGAGCUGCAUAAUGUGUCUGGAAGAUGAACCAAUCACGAUUACGAAG